AUGGCGCAGUACAAAGCAGCAGCCUUUGGUGAACUAAGCCCCUUGUCCCACCCUUUUGCUUUUGCGGAUGUAGCAUAUAGUGGCGAGAGUGAAGCGGGUGAAACGGAAAGCACAAAAUUGCUCAUGCAGUAUCUUGCUUACUUGGGAGGCAGAGCUGCAUCUGAGGGGAGGACUGUCGAGCAGCAAGUCCUGGAGUCAAAUCCGGUUCUAGAAGCAUUCAGUAAUGCAAAUACAGUCAGAAACAACUCCUGCCUUCAUUGCAACAAUGCUAACUGUUUCUGUGCAGCUUUGUGGUCCUUUGUCCUCGUGUACCUUUUUCAGUAUCUUGCUUACUUGGGAGGCAGAGCUGAAUCUGAGGGGAGGACUGUCGAGCAGCAAGUCCUGGAGGUAAGCCUUGCAUUUCAGCCUGUCCAACAAUCUUAG